AGAGGAGUCGCCGGAGCCGAGCAGAGCUGGAGCCACUUGUGGAGACCAGGACACUCAACUAGACGUGGGACGCAGCGCCAGGACAAAGGAGUGCACAAAACAACAACUUCCCGUGGAGAGGAAGGUGUUGACCGUCUUUCUGCUGGAGGAGAGAGACAGUCUGGCGGCACUGGGGGCCAUCUGGAGCUUUAGGAGGGUUUAUGCUGAGAGUCUGCAGCCAACUGUGACCACCUGCAUGGGUCCCACUCUGAUGUCACCCUUCUGCUGGAUCUGCAACAUGAGUGAAGAAGACACAGUCUGACUUCUGUCUAGGGAGUCGCUCCACGUCUGCCAUGGAGUCUGUGGUGAGAUUAAAGAGGACACUGAGGACACCCAUCAGGAGGCUGACCAGCUGUGUGACCACGGUGAAGGAGAGGAGGUUGUGUGCCAAACGCAGGAACAGGAGUAGCGGAAGAGGAGGGUGCAACAAGUUGAAGAAGAGCCCACCCCCUCGAGCGGCAUAUGCCAAAGACGCUUCCAUCAUCCGCUCCUACCGGGCCGACUUGGAGAAGGAGAGGCGACAACGAGAAGCAACAAAUACUCAGAAGAAUGCAGAGCGAGCUGCGAUGAGAGCUCACUUCAGAAGGAAAUACAACCUCUCCGAGAACACGAAGGAUACCAACCACCUGAGGUCCGUCGGGGGGAAAGUGUCGCUCCCCCGCGAGCUGGCGAGGAUCAUUCAUCCACAAACUAAGGCCAAGGACGACCGCUUCAACCUGCUGAGUGCCUUUCAAGGCCUCGGCCUUGGUGGUGCGGCUCUGAGUGGAAACAAGACCAGCCGGGCCACCACUCCCACACCAGCCCCUGUGCGUGCAUGUAAAGUCAUGUGAUCAAGGGAAAGCACAGGCCCCUUCAGGGCUGCUACUCGCAUGCAGUAAUUCUGAUUUUCAGACUGCAUUUGAACCUAUAUCUUUGGAAACCAGCGCAAAAAAUAUCAUAGCUAAAAUCUCAGCUCAAUCAUCAACUGCCACACCAAAAGCACAGCAGUUACUAGAAUAAUUUCUUAUUCCUGUGUGUAGUAGUUUCAUCUAAGUUACUGCAGAGUUGCUUUGUUUAGAGUAUAUUCUUAUUUAUUUUGAAUGAGCUAACUCAGCUCUCUCGAUAGAUCCACCUGGAUCUUGUUCACAAGUGAGGGACCUCAGGGAACUACAUGCACUCAUGUAUAUAUUAUAUUUGUAAAUAAUUCUCUGUGAUGAUAUAAUAUUCCGCCUCCUGUUUGUGAGCCAAAUGAUACUGGUAACUCAGUAUUAUCUAGAUAGUCUUUUUUCUAAACAGAAUAUCAUCAGAAAAUAGUUUCAACAUGCUGUAAAAGAAAAACGUUAUUAAAUUUGUC